AAGAAACGAGAAACUCCCAAGAUAAUAAAGAAGAAAAAAGGAGCUGCUGUGACUCUAGUUUAGUUUGUAUUAUUUAGUUUUGAACAUAAAUCUAGAUUUGAGGAUGAGGGCGCAGAUCCAAAAAGUUCCUCAGAUCGUGGAGCUGCUGAAAAAGAAGUCUGUGGGGCUGCAGCACUUCAAACCCACAUCCUCAGUGUGCGUCCUGGAGGAGAAGGAUGCUGUGGAGGCUGUGCGCUGCCCGCACGCUGUCUCCAGAGCGCCCAGCCUGGACGCGAUCCCGGGACCCACCAACUGGCCUUUUGUGGGCAGUCUGGUUGAUAUCCUGAGGAAAGGCGGUCUGACGAGACAACACGAGGCUCUGGUACCGAAACAAUACUGACAUUUUCUACAAGUUUUCCAAUAUGUUUUCUCGUUAAAUGUUUAAUUCUCUAACAGGAAUAAAAACCUGCCUUAUGUGUUACAUCUGAUUUUUUUUAACGGUGUCAUCUUUCUCUCACAGGUCGACUAUCAUAAGAAGUUCGGGAAGAUUUUCCGGUUGAAACUGGGCUCCUUUGAGUCGGUGCACAUUGGCGCACCUUGCUUGCUGGAGGCGCUCUACAGGCAGGAGGGAAACUACCCUCAGAGGCUGGAGAUCAAACCCUGGACCGCAUACAGAGACAUGAGAGACGAGGCUUACGGACUCCUCAUCCUGUAAGCACGUUUUCCUUUCUUUCUCGAUUUCUAUGGAAAAUGCGCACAGCUCGCCAAAACCAGAGAAAGGGGCUGUGAAGGUUUUUCUGUGAGAGCUGAAGUCUGAUCCAGAGUUUUGGGUUUGCAGGGAGGGAGAGGACUGGCAGAGAGUGAGGAGCGCUUUUCAGCACAAACUCAUGAAGCCCACAGAGAUCGUCAAGCUGGAUCGCAAAAUUAACCAGGUAAGCCUCAUUUAAAGUUAUCGGACUCGAAUAUUCCGAUAUUAUUUUCUUUGACUCAUAGUGUUUGUCCGUGAAUGCAGGUGUUGGGCGACUUCGUCAACAGGAUUGGAAAAAUAAACGUCGAAGGAAAUAUUAAGGACUUGUACUUCGAACUGAAUAAAUGGUCUUUUGAGAGUAAGUACACAAACGCAUUAUCGAUUAAUCGUCUAGAUGUCAUGCCGAUCCUUUAUUAAGUCCGUUAAAUUCCUCAAAUGGUGAAAACAAUCGGUCGCAGGUGUUCAAACCUCUGAGUAGUCUUCCCAAAAUAAGUGAAUUUCUUAAUUGCCUUUCAAAGUAAAAGCAUGGAAAAGAAAGAAAUGUCAUUUUUUGCUUAUAAAAUAACUCAAAAUAGUUACAAAUUGGUUGGUACACUUGUUUGAUUGUAUGUUAUAUUCAUAGUAAAGCUGCUGUGACAGUCUAGUAUAUGCACCAUGCUGUGUAUGUACCCUUUAUUUUGAAACUGUAUUCUUUUUAAUGCAUUUACAAUUAGGCUAAACGACAGGAAUCUAUGGUUGGAAAACGACUAAUUGCCUUUACUCACGUUACAGUUAUGGCUACUUGUUUGUAUGCAUGUACUUUUUGACUAUGCAGUUAGGACUCGUACUAGUAUUCUGCUUAAAGUAUUGUACUUUACUAAUUUUGCACUGAAAUGGUCAAUAAAUGGAAACAUAUAAGCUUUAAAACCAACUGCUAGCAAACAGCUGACUGUAAGAACUCAAAUGUUACCAAGUGAAUUUGUCUUAAUUCUAAUAGUAAUGAAAUGAUAAUUCCAGUUAGCAUAACUAUAGGACGGGUUUGAAUACAAAACUUCAAUUACAAAUUUGUGCUUUUACUUUGACUCGAUUAGAGAGAUGCUAAUUUUGUUCAAACUGAAGUGAGAUGUCAGUAAAGCAGUUGUAUUUUUGACUCUUUGAAAGCGUCUACCUAAUGUGAUUGCGUUCAGCUCAGGUUCUGAUUUCUAAUCUUUGCCUUUUUCGUCAUUCAGCGAUCUGCCUGGUCCUCUACGACAAGAGAUUCGGUCUACUGCAGGAGACAGUCAACGAGGAAGCCAUGGACUUCAUCACAGCUGUGAAAACGGUGAGUGUUUGCUGUUAUUCUGCGUUUCAUGAGGAUCGUUUGAGAGACUGAGUGAGUCCGCAGAAAGUGAUCGCAGUUCAUCAGGUUCAUCAGUGUCACUCUAACACUCUCACUGUAUUUACUGGGCCAAACCAAUACCAUCCACACACAGUCAGGGCAAGAUAAGUGAAGGCUCAUAAAGGUCUCACAGGGCAGUGGGUGCGAGAAGAAAGCCUUGACCAGGAUCGCGUCAAAGAUUUCCAAUAAUGAUGACGAUGAUGAUGAUAGGGUUUUUUUUUUAAUCGUCUGUUUUUUGUCUUCUUCUGCAGAUGAUGAGCACGUUCGGCAUGAUGAUGGUCACGCCUGUGAAAGUGCAUCAGAACCUCAACACCAAAAUAUGGAAGGACCACACUGCAGCAUGGGACCGCAUUUUCAGCACAGGUACAAAACACAGACGCGCAUUUAUUCAGCACUACACAAACACGUAGAUUAAGCUCAUUUUACACAAUUCAGGUUCAGUGUGCCUACACCUCUGCGUGACGUACGGACCAGUUUGAGCUCAGUUCCAGUCAGAGGGUAGAUCGAGGAGAUAAGAGGGGAGGGUGGGUUUGAACUUGGUGCCUCACUGUUGAGUGUUUGUACUUGGCACUCGGGGUAAACGGCGGCCAGAGUUGUAGUAAACCGCAUGACCUAAGAGGGAGAAUUCCGCCAAAUAUUUGUAGUAGAUUGGAGGUUGACGGGAGGAAGAAGAUGAUGCUGGGUGAGCUGUUUAUUUGAAUGUUGCCUGUUACAACCUGUCGGACCCCGAAAACACACAAAAAUCAAAACAAUCUCCUAGGAAAAAGCGCUUGGAAACAGAGUGAGGAAGCUUCAUGACAAAUUUAGACAAACUUAUCACUCUGACUGGGUGUGUUUUGGGGCGUUAUGUGAUUUACACGACGCUCAGCACUCAUGAGGUCACCACUCACAUAAACAUUUAGAGAUCAAACAAGUGCAUCUGAAGCAGCCGUACAGAAAUAGACUCACGGACUCACAACACUGAGAUCAUAUAGAUGUCAUGUCAUGUGAGGACAUUUGGCAGCAAACCUUCAAAUGUUAAAAUAGAAACUUGCUUUAAAUAUUGUGUAGGUAGCCGGCAGCAUAUAAAAUUCAGAGCAUAAAUCAUACGGGGUGUGUACCCAAAGAUGGCGUUAGUGUCGGUGUUGAUAUAGGUGAAGGACGUUUGGGCAUUCAGUCAGGGAGAUAUAUAGCUAAUAUCAUCAGGAUCAGGCAUGGUAUGUCAGUAAUACUGUCAUCACAGCCCUCUGACACCAUCGGUGUUGGGAGUGCCGAAAUACAAAAGUGCCUAAAAGUACUCCCGCUGUAAAGACGAAAGAAAUGUGUUCUUCUUUUGAACCACUGAUGACCCAAACAGCUGCUAAAAUUUAACCUUUACCUCAAUAAGUGACUCUAAUUGUUCAUGAAACAUCAACAUUUAAGAGACUAUUACUUAGAAAAUUGACCAUGUCCUGAUUUUGAUGUGUGCAAUGGGACUCUCUGGUUUGACUUUGGCGCCCCCUCUGGACAAAUCCAGACGAUUAAUCCUUUUGUUGGUGGCAGUCAAACCAGCUACCCCUGCAAUGAAGGCUUUAACAGGAGUCAAUGAGUUCAUGAGUUAUGAGUUAAUCAAUUUUAAAUCGUAAUCAGAUUAUUUUGUUAUGACGAUGCUAAAAAAAAUUUAAAUACUCAAAUCAAUUUUCCUCUCUAUCAUGUUUCGUGCCUCCAGGCCAUUGUAGGCUCCGCAGUUCCCACACACAUCAGUGUAAACUGUAGUUUGGUGAAGUUGUCACUGAAUAAAAAUCUAAAUCGAAAACUCAGAAAAAAAAUCAGAAUUUUAUUGUUGGCCCGAAUCGUUCAGCCCUACUACAAAGUUUAAAAAGGACAGCUUGAGACAAAGAGGAAAGAUCAGAAACACCGACUGCACGAUAGAGUUGAAUCCUAAUCUGUGAAUUCAGAUGUUUGAACUCAUCUUCUGCUCUUGUUUACUCAGCCAAAGUCUACAUUGACAAGAAGAUGAAGAGGAAUGCUGUCAGAGCUCCUGACGACUUGAUCGGCGAGAUCUUACACAACAGCUGUCUCUCUAAGAAGGAGCUGUACGCGUCCAUCGCAGAGCUUCAGGUCGGAGGAGUCGAGACGGUAGGUUACAGCGCAAAGAUGCAUGUUGACUUUAUAGUAAAAAAGUGGCAUUUGUGGGUAAUAUAGUUCAUGUCUAUCAUACUCAGAGAAUAGAUUUUAUGAGCGUCUUCCAAAGAUGACAAGAUUUCAACCACAAACAAGCACCUUUUGUAUCCCAGAUAUCCUGGGCCAAAGUGGUCGUAGCGCCCAAAAGUCAAACACUUCCUCUGAGGCCUCGUCCUCUUUUCCCAUCUUUUUAAAAAUCUUUAUUCUCACAGAUAAACUAUUAGAUCAUGACGUAGCUGCAGUGCGUCAACAACACAAGCUAACUUUUCAAAUGUUUUACCUUUCGCCUAUUUUCCCUCGAGUAGGGAAAGGGGGAAGAAAAAAAAGAAAACUGUCCAGCCUCCAGUGCAAACAGGUGCUGCAGUUACAGUGCUUCAAAGCAGAAAAUGAAUGUGGUGUGGAUGUAACUGAGGAGCCUUUGAGGAACCCAAAACAUUCCUCAGCUCCUUUCAGGACCCCACUGAGGAAUGCACUUAGAGUAGCUGCCUCAAUAAGUGACAUCCCCUCACUGACUCCUUCCCUCUUUUUUCUCUCCCUACCUCUCUCUCUCCCUCUCUCUCCCACCCGGGCUGUGUUUAUGUUUCUCAGACUGCCAACAGUAUGCUGUGGGCUAUUUUCAACCUGUCACGUAACCCUGACGCCCAGAGGAAGUUGCUGGAGGAGAUUAGAGAGGUGGUGCCCCCCGACCAGGACCCGAAUGGAGAGCACAUCAAGAGCAUGCCCUACCUCAAAGCCUGCCUGAAGGAGUCCAUGAGGUACGGUACCGACAGGGACCCGAAAAAUAAAACAGCUACAGAGAGGCUGAGGGAGAAACAGACUAUAAAAUACCUGGCAACAACAAGCAAACAAAAUCGCCGCCAAGAUAUAAAGUUAUGCGACUAGAAAAUUUCAAUCCCCGAGUAUGGUUGCCAUGACGUUAAAAAAGAUGUAUGCUUCUUUAACCAGAUCAAAACAAUAUUCAUUUCACAUGUUAGAAGUUGUGAAUCGAACUUUGGAUUCUAUGAGGAUAGUCUCAUUUUCACAAUCGGCCUCAAGUGGCCAUUCAAGGAACUGCAGCUUUUGACACAGGAACACAAAAACUUUGAAUAAAUCUAGUUAAAGCUCCUGUGAGGAGUUUCUUUGACAUCCGUGAAAUUUUCUGGCACUUAUGAUUGACGAUUUUUACAUUCGAAAUUUUUGUCUGAGGGUGUAAGUGUGAGCCAGGAAGCUAAGAAGUAGCCCCGCUUUAAAGUCCAACAUAAAAUAAUCUCAGUUAAUAAAACAUUUGACUGAUAAAAGUCAAAUAGUCAAGUUUUAAGUUAAGAAAUGAAUGCAGUAUUAGGGAUGAAAUCGAGAACUGGUUCAAAAUGGUUCAAACCAUCAACAUUAUUUACAUUUUAUCUUAACGAUUCCCUGAAUGAGCCAGUCUUCACGAACUAAAACAGAGACUUUGAGGAAAAAGACAUGGUGGAUGGUACGAAAAGUAGGCAGAAAUGAUCUAUAGCAUGGCUUCAUUUUACUAAGAAAGAUGACAACAUAUUUGUGUAGCGUGAACUGAGAUAGAAACCUGUAAAAAACACUGGAAAUUGUGCGCGUAGUAAUGUCCUUUUUUUGGGGAUCCAGAAUAUGGUCACGCUAAUUUGACUCAAUACCAACCAACAUAAAUGUUGUAUGAAUAUUUUUUCCUUUGAUUAUUUUAAGACUCUCACUUAAAAAUUUUGAGUUAACGGUGAAAACCUAUAGUCUACUUUUUUAAAUCAAAGAAAAGCAUUGAUAAGGGAAUCGUUAAAGAAUUGAAUCGAUAAGCAGAAUCGAUAAUGGCACUGAUAUUGAUAAACUCUUACUAAUUCCCGUCCCUAUGCAGCAUUAAAAGAUAUUACACAGCGUACAUUUACCUCUAAAAGUAGAUUUUACUGCAGUUUUCAAACAAAAUCACCCGCCUCAUGAUAAUUUAACUCAGUACCACAGUGAUUAAACUCACACACAUGACUGGCUUUAAAAGGAGCUUCAUGAGAUGAAGAGGCAUGACCAGUAACGACCAGUGGUCCCAGCUUAAAGCGUGCCGUCCAGUCACGUUCAGAUGGCUUCCAGACCCAUAUAUGGUCCACUUUCUCCCUUCUUCUGGUGCAGUCAUACAUGCUAUUUAAGGCUUAUGCCAUAACCACAUCACGCAGGGAAUGUAAAUGACCUCUGACUGGAGAUUAUAUCCCGCCUCAUCUCGGACUGGGAAAAACAUAGAAGUGUGCAUAGCUCCGGUUAAAGAGCUUAGUCGUGUGUGUCAUGCUACACUAUAGCUUCUCUGAGACCGCAGUCACAUACUUUGCUUUUCUCAAACUCUUACAGGUUAUCACCAUCAGUCCCAUUCACCAGCAGGACCCUGGACAAAGACACUGUGUUGGGAGAUUAUGCCAUUCCCAAAGGAGUAAGUGGCUUAGUUCUCAUUGCCAUAAACAUAGCAGAUUACAUUCCUGUAUUUGUUUACAUUUGACUUGUGUCUGAGAGAAGCGUGUUACAAAAACAGGCUCAUGUAACGUGCUAAAUGGAGCGACUGUUAAAAGUAUGAGCGAGUCAGCAAACAGCGUGAAAGAUUGUUUAUCUGAGGAGACAAUUAACUAAACGAAAUGAUCGUGUUCACCUCUACAGACAGUUUUGAUGAUAAACAACCACGCACUGGGCUCAAACGAGGAGUACUUUGACGAUGGGAAACAGUUCAAACCUGAGCGCUGGCUGCGGGAGAACUACACCAUCAACCCCUUCGCCCAUCUUCCCUUCGGCAUCGGAAAGAGGAUGUGCAUCGGCCGACGGCUGGCGGAGCUUCAGCUGCAGCUGGCGAUGUGCUGGGUAAGAGGAGACAAAGAUCGGAUCAGCUCGUAAAUCUGUGUUUGAGACGAAGACUCUUAAAGUUACCAGACGUCAUAUCAUCUCUCUUCAGGUCAUCACUCACUGAUAACUUGAAUCUCCGCUUACCUCUCUUACAGUUGGUCAGAGACUUUGAGAUCGUGGCGACAGAUAAUGAGCCGCUGGACUUGAUCCAUUCAGGACUUCUGGUUCCCAAAAGAGAACUGCCUGUCGCCUUCAUCAAGAGAUAAGGUGAGAAGAAAACUCAGAUCUUGUGUCCUGCAUGUUUGAUUCUUUUCAACAAGUUUGAAACGCUGGUAAUAUUUUUUUCUUGAGGAGGUUAAAUGUUUGUAAAAUAUGAGGAUACUUCCAGCUAAGCUCGGUUUAAUGAAUAGGCAGGGGAUGACAAUAAAAGCAGAUCCAGAACCUCAUCUCGUUUCCAACUGUCAGACUCUUUCCCAUCUUUAAUAACUAACUGCAACUCUAAUGAACAUUAUUUUUUUAGCCCCAAGUCACAGAAGGGUUUUACUUCCAGUGAAGAUGAUUUUUUCAUCAUCAUCAACACUAAUGUUGUCAUAUUCUGGGUUACGAGCCCCCUAGUGGUAGAAACUAUAACCCAUGUAACUAAUUCUGCAGUUAGUUUGAAUUGAAUCGACUCUUAACUGCUGUAUAAAAGCAUCUUCAGACUCAGUAUUCACCUUUUCUUUCUCCUUCUUCUCACAGGCUCCAUAUUCGACUCUUCUGGAUGUGGAGGCAGAAAGAUGAUACCUCUGUUGCCAUGGCCCUGAUAGUCAAGUGACUCCUCGUUAUUGCUGCUCUGUAAAUAGAAAAGAAAAAGACACAGAAAUUACUAAACAUGUAAUCAUGCCAUAAAUACCUCAAACUUAUUUAAAACUAUUACUUAUGACUGUUAAUGACUGACCAAAAUACCCGUUUUUAUGUAUAAAUUGAAUGUUGGACCAAGGCAGCUGUCCUCAAAUCUUAAUGUAAUGUCGUCACUUCAGACAUGUGUGUAAAACUAUUACUUUUCUUGUUUCAUAACUUAUAUAUAUAUAUAUAUUUAGGUCACAUAUGUUUAUUUUUCAUUGUGUAUAUAAAAUAAUAAUAAUAAUAUUGUAAUAUUGUACAUUGUUUGUGUAGAGACAUAUUUUAUUCACAGAAAUAAAGACGUUCAUAAACAGCU